AUGUUCCUGAGCCCCGGCGAGGGGCCGGCAGCAGAGGGUGGGGGGCCGGGCCCGGGCGAGGAAGCCCCCAAGAAGAAGCACCGGAGGAACCGCACGACCUUCACCACGUACCAGCUGCACCAGCUGGAGAGGGCGUUCGAGGCCUCCCACUACCCAGACGUUUACAGCCGCGAGGAGCUGGCGGCCAAGGUGCACCUGCCUGAGGUGCGCGUGCAGGUGUGGUUCCAGAACCGCCGGGCCAAGUGGCGCCGCCAGGAGCGUCUGGAGUCAGGCUCCGGGGCUGGGGCAGCCCCAAGGCUCCCCGAGGCCCCGGCACUGCCGUUUGCCCGCCCGCCAGCCAUGCCACUGCCCCUGGAGCCCUGGCUGGGCCCCGGGCCCCCAGCCGUGCCAGGCCUCCCGCGCCUCCUGGGGCCGGGGCCCGGGCUGCAGGCAUCCUUCGGGCCCCAUGCCUUUGGUCCGGCCUUCACGGAGGGCUUCACCCUGGAGGAGGCAUCCCUGCGGCUGCUGGCCAAGGAGCACGCGCAGGCUCUGGACAGGGCCUGGCCACCGGCCUGAGUCUGGAGGCCAGCUAGCCCUCUCAUCUCGGCCUGUCCGUGGCCACCCACGUCGGUCCCCUCCACCACCUCCUCAGCCUGCCCUGCAAGGAGACCGGCACUGUCUCAGGAAGGAGGUGGCCUGGCCUGGGGCCUCGCCGCACCCCCCCACCUGCCAGACGGGCGUGCGGUGGAUGGGCAGGCUCUGGAACAGUAAGGCUGCCAUCACGAGCCACUCUGACCGCGCCCAGGUGCCCCGCCUGCACCUCGUCCUUCACAGCCGAGCCCCAGCUCUCGGAGAAAUUCCCUUUCACUGCGCGCUCCUGUGUGCCUGUCCUGGGCCCAAUCGCUUUACCCCUUGAUGACCUUCCCAGAACUCAGCUGGACUCGAGGACGAGGAGGCCAUCAAGGGCAAGGAACAGGGUGUGACCAGGCUUGGGGCGGGCCCAGUGUCAGCACGACAGGGGACCUCCCCGUAGGACAGGGCAGCCUGGGUCAGGACAGGAGGGGAGGGGCUCAAGGGCAGCAGUUGCAAGUGACCAGCACCCUGCCUUUGAGCUCUGUCCAUGAAGUGACCGUAGGCUCACUUCUGGCUCCUCACACCGGUGCACACCACUGGGGUUCAAGCUGGUCUGCUCUUCUCGGUUCACUUGGCAUCUCAUACGUGAGUCCCAUGGCCGUGUCUUCUUUACCUUGUGGCAGCUGGGGCAAUC